GUAAACAUGCAGCUCUAAGUCAUUUAUUUUCACUUGUACAAAACCAACAUUUGUUAAUCAGAAUGUAUAACUACACUGCAGCUCGGCACAACCCUGCUGAUACACUAUUUUUUGCACAUUGUGUGACUUAAAAUGUGAAUAAACAUUUAUAAUCAAAAUUAAUAAUUAAAUGACAUCAUGGUGGGCAUUGUACAUCUAGUAAGAAAAAAGAAUAUUAUAUGGGGAAAGUUUAGUUUAAAUGUGUUGUAGAACUAUUACUGUUACUUUGUUGACAUAAGAUCAAAUAUUUUGGUAUGAAAAGCUGCAUUUUUUAUUUAACUAAGUAUCCUGUAUCAUAACUACAUGUCUGACGAUUGUAACAAACCAAACCGCAUGAAAAUCGGUUGAGAAUUCAGCGAGUGAUGAUUUUAAUCAUAAAUAGUCUCCUGCCUCAAUAGACAUACAUGCAUUAGGCAACUUAAAAUCUGUAUUUGAACACAGUUUAUGUGGUGCUGGAUUGUGAUAUGAUGCUUGAUCUGAUGCUUGGAGUGACUGCUGGACUUUGGUCUGAAUAUGCCUUGAAUACUUGUUUUUCCUUUUAUUUUCUAUUUUCUUUCUUUUUUUAAAAAAAAAAUCCUUUCUGUGUCAUGACCCCCUGGCUUAUUUUGUUGAAUGCAUUCUGAAUUUGCACGAUGGCUACUAUGUGCAUUUGUAAAUGAUGUGUAACAUGUUUAAUAAAAAAUAAAUAAAAAUACAUGCAGCGCGGCUCCACCUGGGCAAGAUGGCGGCCGCGUUGACGUAGCCGUUUGAAUGCGGCAUCUACGUAUAUGCGUCAUGGCCAGUGAGCUGUCGUAAAGUGACGCAGCUGUCGUGAUACGCUUGUGCUGCUUUGAACUUAAAACAAGUUAAAUGUCGAAGUCCUGUUUACUUAACGUCAAGACAGUUGAGUAUCACUGUUUUUUUUUUUUUUUUUUAACAAAACUGGCGACGUAAUCAUCAGCGAAGAUUGUUCCAGUUCAAGCUUGGCAGGGGUGUAUGUGGAGUCUGAUGAUGGGUUUCUGGCAGCCGGUGACCAACCUUAGAGAUUAUAUAUCCCACAAUCCUCCAGGGGCUACAUUUUUCCUGUGUCUGUUGACCUUGGCUAUCUCCUUCAUCUGCCUCAGCUCCUAUAGCUUCACUCACACUCUGCCUAACCCUGACAUAGAAAAGGACUGGAACCAUCUGCUGUCAUCCUUAUCUCAGUUUCAACUGUGUGUGAAAGCUAAUACAAAUACAUCUGAGCUUGUAAUGCCAGUCCCCUCUCCUGUGAUGGAUAGAAACGCUUUAGUUAACCCCUCAAAGACACCUUCUCUCACCACUUUGCGUCUCAAGGUUCCCCUGACUGUGACUGCAGACUCAAACAGUGGCUCUCUGAGUGAUCUUAGUUUGCACACUGCCUUGAACGCAAGUCAGUUAAAUCUUGGAGGCAAUGAGGUUGUUAAAGUAACUCUAGAGUUUUUGUCUGGAAAUGAUACCUACACUUGCCUCACCAUAAGUGCCCCAACACACCACCUGCCUAUGAGUCUACUUCCACCAGAGUGCCCAGCAUCUGAGACAAACAUUUCACCCAUCCAUGUAGAAGCGAGCAACAAGCCGUCGACAGCAUCACAAACCUGCUACAGUCUACAAUCCAAGAAUGAUCCAACACUCACAGUCAUGUUAACACAGGAGGAGCAGAGCAUUGCUGUGCGACAUCAGCUGGAAGUCAGUGUGUGUCUGCUCGGAGUUUGUUUGAUACUCUGUGUAGCUGUGAGUCUGACGCAUUCAGUCACACGCCGCUCCCACUGGAAUGGUCUGGAUCUACAAAAUGAGUCCUUGAUUGGCACCUGAACAUUUUUCAUCCUCUGCAUCCUAAAGAAAUCAGUUGAUGGUGGUGGUCAAGAGAGAGGAGCGAUAUGUGUCACUAUCUUUUAAAGGGACAUCUCGCAGAUUUUACAAGAAAAACCAGUUUGCACAUCAUGCCGAGUACGACUUGGCCUGUGAAAACAGUUGUUUGAUGUCCUCUGUGGCUCUGAAGGGAGCUUGUUAAAGCCUGAAGGUUAUCUCCACUUGUGUUUGGAGAAUAGAUAUUUAUGUUGCAUCCAGCAAAGUGAAUAUAUUUAAGCUAACAUUUUGAAUCCGUCUCUUACAAGUUUCCCAACUUUGUGAAAGUGCAAUUCUUUAUCAGAGCAUUCCUGUUAUAGGAGAUUGAAAUAUUUUACAGUAUCCAAGUGAGAAACAUGGUUGUGAUAAAGAAGGAGUAUAUUUUGUCAUGGGACCACGGUGUAAUGGGAACAACUCUUCAAUGACUGGUUAUACAUUUACUAUUCAGUACGGUUUGUGCAGUACAUGUCAUGUUAAUUUCAGUUCCCACAUUUCCCACAUUUAUUGGUUGUAUUCAGCCGUGUGAGAGCUGAACAUGUUAACUGUUUCUUCCAUUCAAAACGGUGAUUUUUUUUUUUUUUUUUUUUUUUACUGUGAAGGUAGUGGUAUUAUAUACUGUUUCCAUGUCAGCAGGUGUGUUUGCUUUUUAUCUUUUACUGAAUUUAAGUUAUAUGAGCAUACUGGGCUACUUUUAAUUUACAUGUCUGACAUUGAAAGUUAAUUGAAUCCAGAUGCCAAAUCAACAGACCCACCUGUACUCUUGCAUCCUCCUACAAUGUGUUACAUCACUUGCAUAGCAGCAGAAACUUUUAAAAGUGUGUUUAAGAAACACCCAAAUGCCUCUUGCUUGAAUUUCAAAGCAACCAAAAGUGUUUAUGUGAGGAGAAGAAGAAGAGGGAUGUAACAUCUGCUGCUAUGAUACAAGCCAUUUGUAAUGUCGGUUUAAUGACAAAGAGUAUUAGGACACUAAGCACAGUAAAGUGAGUCUAUGUCCAAUAGAUUCUCUGAGUCUAGGAGCUCAUGAUUGCAUCCUGCUUUCCAAACACUAUUUUCCUAGUUUUAGCUAGAUGGAAAAUUUUUAUAGUGACUGGGAAGUUAUGGAACUCUACACCGAGUGUCUUUUGUGUAAGUAACGAACACUGGUUAAAUUUGUGGUUCUGCCAAAUGAAGGAAAGCUUGUGAUGUAAGCCUUUAGGCUUGGCUUGAUGCACUCACACAAAAUAAUGGUAUUAACUAACUUUUGCAGUUACUCGUCUAAAUGACAAUGAACUUAAAAAAAAAAAAAAACUAACAACCUUGGCUACACUACUAAAUUUCCUCUCUGGGGAUCAACAAAGCUUUAUCUUUAUCAUAUUCGUACGUUUUUCUUGGAGCCCAAGACCAGCAAAGGAAGAGGGGCAUCAAAUUUAGAGCUAUGACUUUUGAGUUUUAGUUUUAAUGUUUCUCUAAAGAGACCAGAAAAUGUUAGGUAUACCAUGCCUUACAUUACUGUUAAGCAUUUUUUAUAUUGUUGAUUAUUUACCCACAGAGACUUUUAAAAUGUCUUUAAAUCUCUUACUGUAAACAUUAUGCCUGUUUCAUCAAUGUCAAAAUUACCUCAUUGUGUAGAAAUAAGGAAAAGGGAGAGGACACACUGCCAAAAAUGUCUGUAAUGUCAAUUAUUAUCAGGUGACAAAUACACAAUAAAACAUUUUCUCCUGUAAA